AUGCUGUUGACCCCUGACUGCACACCAUCUUACAGCUCCAACUUCCUCAUGAAGUUUGCAAAUGACACGACUGUGGUGGGUCUCAUUAGCAAUAGAGGUGCGACUAAGUACAAGAGUGAGGUGAGCCACCUGCCCAGAUGGUGGUGCACAGAGAACAAUCUUUCUUUAAAGGCGGAAAAGAUGAACAAGAUUUUUGUGGAUAACAGGAGAGCACACACCCAGCAUUCUCCUCUGACCAUCAAUGGUGCGACUGUGGAGAGGGAUAUCUACAGCACCCACCUCAGACGCAAAGAUCUCAGCAUCGCCGUGACUUUACCUAUUCACCUCUUCUUCUUCAGUCUGCUGCCAUCAGGGACAAUGGAGUCUCCACUCCAGCAUGUAUUUCUCUACACAGGUGUUCUCACUCAGGACAGUGGAUGGGGUGUGAAUUAUACGGUUAAGUCGAUCUGUGCUGUGAGAGGAUUCAGUGUCUCCAUUCCCUGUAAUUAUUAUUAUCCAACAUCAAAUCCCAACAUUCAGGUGACACAAAGGAUUUGGUGCUCAAAUGAUGCAAACACAAAAGGGUGUCCAGGCCCUCUGUAUGUUUAUAACAGCUCAUUAAACACCACGUCAGACUUUGAGUACGUUGGAGACGACAAAUCAAACUGUACUUUGUUAAUCCACAAUGUACAGUUCAGUUAUUCUGGAGUGUACAGAUUCAAAUUUAUAACUAAUAAGACCGGUGGCAAGUGGGUAGGUGAACCUGGAGCGACUCUACAAACUGCAGAUUUAAAGGUGUCACUAAUCAGGCUCAGUGGAAACGGAACCCUUAAACAAGGAGACUCGUUAAAUCUGACGUGUGAUGUGACCUGCACACACAGUUCCUCACAGUUUGUGUGGUCUAAGAACAACGAACAGUUAAAUCCAUCAGGACCCGUUCUUCACUUUCCUGCUCUAAUCGUGAGGGAUUCUGGGAAUUACACCUGCACUUGGAAAACCAAGGAGACGUCAGGAUCUAAAACCAUCAGCCUUCAGGUCGAGGAUGUUUUCUGUUCACCAGGUGAAAAUCCUGAUGCUCGGUCAGUCUGGAUGAUUGUUUUAGUGACAGCUGGAGUUAUGUUCAUGGUGUUCUCUAUCCCAGCUGUGAUUUACAACAGGAGACGUGUCCACACUGAGCAGCUGAAGGAGGAUGAUUCAGACAUCUACACCACAGUACAGUACAAUACAUUCACCAUGAACUGA